AUGACUGGCUCUGGCUCUCCUUGUGGAGCUUGCAAGUUCUUAAGAAGGAAAUGUGUAAAAGGAUGUGUGUUUGCCCCAUACUUUUGCUAUGAGCAAGGAGCUUCACAUUUUGCAGCCAUUCACCAAGUGUUUGGAGCCAGCAAUGCUUCUAAAUUACUCUAUCAUAUUCCCAUGGAAGAUCGAUGUGAAGCCGCCGUUACAAUUUAUUACGAAGCUCAAGCUCGCCUCCAUGACCCCAUCUAUGGCUGCGUUUCUCAUAUAUUUUCCCUCCAACAACAAGUUGCCAAUUUGCAAGCACAACUAGAGAUUCUAAAGCAACAAGCCGCGCAAAGCAUGAUCGCUGCCGAUUCUCCAUCCAUUGUAAUCUCUAAUUACUGUCAAGAUACUAAACCUCAACAUCUUCAAGAAUCUCAAGCUAUUCAUCGCCAUCAUAACCAUUUUCAACAUCAAGACGGAUUGUUUGAGACAGAGCCCUACUCCGAUCUAAAGAAUAUCAUGACGUCUUACUCCGAACUAGAUCAACACUCGAACACUUUUAAUCAGUAUCAGCAUGGGAGCAAUGAUCUUCUAUCUGCGAAUUUUGGAUACAUCUCGUAUUCGUGA